UCCCAUAGCAACGGCUUCAGCGCCCAGCCUCGAGGCCGCCGCCGCCGCUGCCUGCUGGGACCUCGCCUUCGCCUGCUGCCGAGGGGUGGGGCGGCAGCGGUGCGGGAGGCAGCCCGAGCUCCGCGGACGAGACCGUCCUCUCCGAUGCCGGCAGAGGUGGCCGAUCGGCCUCCAAGCAUGCCCUUCCACAAGCAGGUCUACUACCCGCUCGCCAGCGGCCUCGAGGGUCCUGACGCCCCCGCAGGGGCCGCGGCCGGCGCGGCCGCCAUGGCCUGCUUCCCGCCCGGCGCGGCCGCGGGCCCCCUGCCCUUCUUCCAGUUCCGGCCGCGGCUGGAGAGCGUGGACUGGCGGCGGCUGAGCGCCAUCGACGUGGACAAGGUGGCGGGGGCGGUGGACGUGCUCACGCUGCAGGAGAACAUCAUGAACAUCACCUUCUGCAAGCUGGAGGACGAGAAGUGCCCGCACUGCCAGUCCGGCGUGGACCCGGUGCUGCUGAAGCUCAUCCGCCUGGCGCAGCUCUCCAUCGAGUACCUGAUGCACUCGCAGGAGUUCCUCACCUCGCAGCUGCACAACGUGGAGGAGCGGCUGCGCCUGAGCCUGGCCAACUGCGAGCAGAGCAAAGAGCUGCUCACCAAGCAGGCCGGGGAGAUCAAGUUCCUCAAGGAGGAGUGCAAGCGCCGCAAAAAGAUGAUCUCCACUCAGCAGAUGAUGAUGGAGGCCAAAGCCAGCUAUUACCAGUGCCAUUUUUGUGACAAGGCCUUUAUGAACCAAGCCUUUCUACAGAGUCAUGUUCAGCGCCGCCAUCCUGAAGAUUCUCACCUUGAGUAUAAGAAAAAGGAGCAGACCGAUACGCUCCAGAAGGAGAUCGACAUGUUGAAGGAGCAGCUGCAGCUCACCAAGUCUCAGCUGGAGGCAUCACAGCAUGCCCACGCACUGCGAGUCUCGGAGGAGUAUGAAAUGCAGAAAACAAAAGAAGAAGAACUUCUGAAGUUAUUUCAUAGAUGGAAAGAAGAAGAAAAGGAGAAGUUGGUUGAUGAAAUGGAAAAAUUCAAGGAAAUGUUUAAGAAGGAGUUUAAAGAAUUAACCUCCAAGAAUUUAGCAUUAGAAUACCAACUGUCAGAAAUCCAGAAGUCCAAUCUGCAGAUCAAGUCCAACUUAGGCACGUUAAAAGAUGCACAUGAGUUUAAAGAAGAACGUCCUCAGUAUCCCCAGGACUUCCAAAAUGUGAUGCAGUUUCUAGACAGUCAGGAAAGCAAGUGGACAGCCCGAGUUCAAGCCCUUCAUCAGGAGCACAAGAAAGAGAAGGGUCAGCUCCUGUCUCACAUAGAGAAGCUUCGAACCUUAGUGAUAGACAAUCUAAAUGCAAAUAAUGUUUUCUACAAGAAAAAGAUCGAAGAGCAAGAGCAGACACUCCAGGAACGGAAUGAACUCAUUAUCAGUCAGAGACAACAGAUUAAAGAGUUUACCAGUAAACCAUUAAACAGCGUCAUUGAACCUAAAGGGAAUUCCUUAACGUGGCAAACUUUUGAAUCUAAGCCAACUGCCUCAGCUGUGUCUAUGACUGCUCCAGCCCCGCAGACUUUGGAUGCUAAGUCCAGUCUAACAGUGGCCCAUGAACAGGCAUUCCCAUCGCACAUACUGGAGCCAAUAGAAGAGCUUUCAGAGGAAGAAAAAGGAAGGGAAAAUGAACAGAAAUUAAAUAACCACAAGAACCAUCUCAGGAAAGCUUUGAAGAAUAACCCUUCUCUCACUAAGAAAAUCAGAACGAUCUUGGAGCAGAGUUUGGUGCGGAAGUUGGAAACCUUAGGGGUUAAUGCAGAUACACGUGGUAUUUCAAGUGAUCAGUUGAAUAGAAUGCUGAGAACCAUGGAAUCAAAAAGACGUGAUCUAGAAAGACAGAUACCGAACUUUCAGCAAAUUCGAGAAUCCCUUGAACAUCAGGUCAGCUGUAAAAUUGAGGAGAGGAUGUUACUGUCUUCAGAUAGGAACAGUGUUUCUCAAAUGGAUACCUUUUCAACGGGAGAAAUAUCCAAAGCAAUACAACUUCCUCUGAAAAGCAGACAAUUGGUUAAACAAAGACCUGUUUUCACUGAUAGACCAUCUGUUCCAAAAAUGAAGAAAAAUAUCAUAGAAGAUCACUUUCCCAGAAAGCCUUCAAGUAUUACGACGCCUCCCUUUAGUUCGGAGGAAGAGCCGGAUGCUGGCGACCUCAUCCAGGCUUACACGUCCCCAGACUUACCUCUCGUGCCGUCAUCCAAAACCAACAAGAGUGGCUUCGGAAGGAAAACCGUCAAAAGUGACACUGACUGGACCGAAGGAAGUGAAAUCGAGGACUCUGAUAUUUCUCCCAAGCCCACAGGAACCUCCAUUAAAACAUUAACUGAAAAAGUUGAAAAGACGGUUUCAAAUCAGAGAAAUGUGAGCAAGCCCAUUGGCGGGAUUGAUGUUGCUGAGGCGUUCAUCAAAAGAGAAUUCAAAGAAGAGCUAAAGUGCUCAGAUGUGGAUGAUGACGACUGGGACAUAUCAUCCUUAAUGGAGGAAAAAUCUCUGGGGAAAAAAGAUGGAAAAGAGCAAAAAGAACCUCCGCCCGUGAGGAAGGAAUCCCAUUCUACUCAAGUGCCAACCGCCUGGGGUGCACCCGUCCUUCCUGGGCCAAAGGGAGAAGGACUUCAAGAUGAACAAAGCACACUGAAGAGCAGCUUAGUGACUGUGACCGACUGGAGUGACUCUUCAGACGUGUAACUGUAAUCCCACAUGUUGGAAGAUCCAGGUGCCAAGAGUAUUUCAGUGUCGCAGAAUGUCAGUAGCUUGCCAACACCAUACAAGUGCUCCUGCCUUACAGCAUUUCCCACGGUAACUAGGAAGCUGAUUCAAAGAACAAGGGUCUCUUUAAUGGCACCAAAUAUGGUCCUGAAAAACAAAUUAUUAACAGAAUUUCGAAGAAUAUAAAGGUGUUUAAGACUUCUGAUGCUUAAAAAUAGUGUGUCAUUGAAGUCAUAAAAAGUUUUUUCUUCAAAAUUGUACUCUAGUGUUUCAGUGUGUUUUUUCCAACUAAUUUUUAAGUGAAAAAUUUUAAUUAUAGCCUAUUUUGGGUUUAAAACUUUACAUCUUUCUUAUGUAUGUUAUCACACUGGAAGUGUUUUAUCAUAAUUCUAUUAGUAUCUUUAAAACUGAAUUAGUGGAGUCAGUGAAAUCUUAAGGGUCGAUCGGUUAUUUUUUCAUAUAGAAGUUUAGAACUAUGAAAUAUAGCUAGGCCCAUGAUAAAUACAUUUUCCAGAAGUACCUUUGCCAUAUCAGCUUUGAGCCAUUGUAAGCAUGUUGUUAUAAAACAAUUAUUUUAGAACUUUACCAUUUCUGCAGCAUAAUCUUUAACUUGGAUGUUUUAUGAACAAAAUGUAGCUAUUUUUAAGAUGGAUUUGAGAAUUAGUUCUUCCACCUUCUCACACUAGGCCUUGUUGAUCAAUA